AUGGGGACAAUGGGGGAAGCUAUGAUGGAUGAGGAGAACAUAUUGGGGGGCUCAACCCGAUCAACACCUUGUGAUGACAAUGGAGGGGCAAAUCAUCACCAGAAUGAUGGCACCUGGUUUGAAGAAGAAAUUGAUGAUGACUUGAGAUGGUCUUUUGCUUUGAACAGUGUUCUGCACAAGGGAACUAGCGAAUACCAGGACAUUGCUCUUCUGGACACCAAGAAAUUUGGCAAAGUAUUGGUGAUUGAUGGGAAGAUGCAGAGUGCAGAAGUGGAUGAAUUCAUAUAUCAUGAAUGUUUGAUUCAUCCAGCUCUCUUAUGUCACCCAAACCCAAAGACUGUGUUCAUAAUGGGGGGUGGUGAAGGGUCCGCAGCAAGGGAAGCACUGAGGCACAAAUCCAUUGAUAAAGUGGUGAUGUGUGACAUUGAUCAGGAGGUUGUUGAUUUCUGCAGAAGGUAUCUGACUGCAAAUCAUGAUGCAUUUCAUAACAACAAGCUUCAUUUAGUCAUCAAUGAUGCCAAAGCUGAAUUGGAGGAGAGGAAGGAAAAGUUUGAUAUCAUAGUGGGGGAUUUGGCUGAUCCAGUUGAAGGUGGCCCCUGCUAUCAACUCUAUACCAAAUCUUUCUAUGAAAACAUCCUCAAGCCUAAGCUCAGUGACAAUGGCAUCUUUGUUACUCAGGCUGGUCCAGCUGGUGUGUUCACUCACAAGGAGGUCUUCUCAUCAAUUUACAACACCAUUAAACAAGUGUUCAAGUAUGUUCUUGCCUACACAGCUCAUGUACCAUCUUUUGCUGAUACUUGGGGAUGGGUCAUUGCCUCAGACCAACCAUUUUGUCUUGAUGCUGGGAAGAUAGACAAGAAGAUGGCAGAAAGAAUUGAUGGAGAAUUGCUCUACUUGAGUGGUGCCUCCUUUUUCUCCUCCACCAUCUUGAACAAAACUGUUGCCAAAACAUUGAAGAAUGAGACUCAUGUGUAUACCGAAGAAGAUGCAAGGUUCAUUCAUGGUCAUGGGGUAGCAUACCGAAAUUGAUGCGGCAGGCCUUUUGGUGGGGGGAAAACUGCUGUACAGUCAAAAGGCAGGAUCAAGAAGAUGGAAUAGUAGUUGAAAGUUCUCCAGUGAACAAAGGAGGGAAAGAGGAAAAAAAAAAAAAAGAAGAGAAAUCUUAAACAAUUGUUAGAAGCUCUUGGUAUUAGAUAGUAUAUAUGCUAGGCUACUUGUGGUUGUUCUAGGGCUCUGAUCUACAUUUGUUUCUUUAAUAUUAUCUCAUGUAAUGCUGAAAUAUCAAGGGGCAUUUCUCCAUUAAGCUUUUCA